CUGUGAUGGGUAGAAUUCAUAUUUUGAACUGGCCUACAAUACAAUAAUUCUCAACUCAGAAAACCUCCAAUCAAACAUGACUAUUGAUUGAUUGAUUGCAUAGGUACCUAGUUAUGCUUUAAACUUAUGCUUUAGAUACGAAUACUUCUGCUCUUAAUAGCAAUAGUUAUUCAAACGCUAAAGAAAACAUCAGUGCCAUCACGUCCGUUAGCACAAUUAGUCUCUUUAGACUCGACCAACUGCCUUUACCUUAGGUAGUCUUAUAAUGAGACUGGCACAACGCCUCUAGUGCCAACCUUACUCUACUCUUUCGAUAUACCUACAACUAUGGUUUCCUCACCGCAGCAACCGACGCCUCAGGGGCCCUCAUCCUCAAAUCCUAACCCUAACCCUGAGGCUAUUAGUCCAUAUGAUAGAGAGAUGCCAUCAGCAAAUGAUCUUAUGGAAAUUGCAAGCAAGUCAUUGCAGACCGGAGUUAUGGCUGGCGGCGUUGGCUUGGUGAUUGGGGCUGGUUCUGGUAUUGUCCGAUCAGCGCCACCAGCAUUGUUCGCAUUAGUUGCCGGUCUCCAAUGGUUUGCUCUCGCGUCUACUUACACGGCUUCAAGGGAUCUCCUUUGGCAUGCCUGGGGUGGUAAAGAAAACCUCACCACAUCAGACCUAGUGAAGUCGAGCGGCGUAGCUGGCGGCGUGGCUGGGAUGAUCGGUGGCAUGUUUCGGGGCCCUAAGAAUAUUAUACCAGGUAUUCUAGUUUUUGGCACUGCUGGAACUGCUGGUGCAUACCUAGCCCAGCUCUUCAAGAGCCAGUCCAAGGAUGAUUCCAAGGCCAAGUCGGGCUGGCUUGAUUCAAAAUGGAGCCCUUUGAAACGAUUAUCAGACAAAGAGUAUGAAGAAAAGCUCGAAGAAAAGAUUCUCCGGAUAAACGCCGAAAUCUCUAUCAUUGAUGAUAAUAUUGCUGCUCUUCGAGCGUCAAGCGGCGCAUCAACCAAGCCAGGCGAGGGAAGUAAAACAAAUAAUAACUCCUAAAUUUUAGCCGGUAUGCUGAGUUGUUUAUUACAACUAUUAGGAUUUCCGUGCCAGCAACAGAAAAGCCUAGAUAAUGUUCUUUGAUAGAAGGAACUAAACUCGGUCUAUAUUAGGUUCUGACGGGAGGAAUUGGCACCAGAAAUACCUAAGACAACCUAGUUGCGAGCACUUCAUCAAUCUCAGCCACCCAUAUGAGACAUCAUCAUAUAAUAUAUAUAGAUAUAUAUAUACCCCCUGAUACAAUACUACAGCUCGAAUCAUCGCCGACUUUGC